UGAAACUUGAAGUCGUGUGUGUUUCUCCCUGCUUCCUAUCCCUUUUUCUUUCCUUUUUGCCAGCAGGUGGUCUAAGGAGGCUUAUUUGCCUCUUACGGGGAUCACUGAUACAAUCAUCAGAACUUACCUUCCUGACUCCAGUUCUGGGAAUGCUUGCCCUUGCCUCUUCAUAGCGGCUCGUCCAAAUCCCUUUCCAGUGAAUCACGAAGAGGCCUCCGAGGUCAACGGCGAUCAGCUGGGAUGCAAGGAGCUUGGAAGUUCAUGGAAUGCAGGGGCAUGGAUGGAGGGGAAAGGAACACGGACAGGUCCUUUCUCUGGUCCAGGGAGGAGAUGGAAGAGGAGUCUGCUGGGUGGGACACCUGAGCAGAGCCCGGUUUAAGACGCAUGCGCAGUCAGGUCGGCAGGUAGGCGGAGCUUUCCCCACCGCGGUGUCACAUGUCCUGUUCAAGAUGGCCGCGCACAUGUUGAUGCGACGCAGUAAAGGUUUCAUCUCUUUGCUGUACACCAGCGCUCGGCACAAUAGCAACUCAACAGGUCUCCCUGCUGAUUCUGUGAAAAACAGGGUCUUCCGAUAUCUCUGCAAGCACUUCUACGAUGUUGAAUAUUUUGCACAGACAAUCCAUAGUCUAAAGAAGUGGAAUCUUCAAAGGAAAAACAGGCACUUUCUUGAGGCAUGUCAACACCAUGGAGACGACCUUGUAGCCGUUGCCUUUGUCCUGAAUCUAAAGGGAGGCGUUAGGUGCCAGGGCCAAAGGACGUGUCACUAUGGGAGCAUCAAAAGCUGGCAGAGCACUCUGAAUCUCACAGUGGGCCAAGAGGUCCUUGUGGAAGCCAUUGACCUCAGCGGGACUCUCAUCAGCUAUGAGGGUCUGGAUAACCUGGUGAAUCUGAAAGCCCUGAAGCAGCUGGACCUGAGCAGGUGCCCCAACAUCGACGACUGGAGCCUGGGCCGGUUUCACAGCUUUGCAGAUGUGCUGGAGGAGCUUUCGCUGGCUGGCUGCCCCCAGAUCAGUGAGCGAGGGCUUGCUUGUCUCCACCAUCUCAGAAAUCUGAAGCGCCUGAACGUCUCGAACCUCCCCUCCAUUCCAAACAAACCGUUUAUUCGCAUCCUUUUAGAGGAGAUGCUUCCCCACUGUGAGAUCAUUGGGAUGGAGAGUGAUGAAGGGCUGGUGCAGCUUACGGACGGAGAUGAUGCUGAGGAACUUCAGAACUCUGCCAGCAACCGGAAACACGCCGAAAUCUCCGCCUGAGUGGGUGAGGCAGCACUGCAGGGAACCUCACCUGAUGACGCUGGUGCUUGCGAAGUCUCUCUGGUCCUCCUCUGCACCUGGUUGACACAGGGACAAUGAAGGAUGAGGUCAUUCUGGAGGAUGCCAGACCUGUUCUCAGUUCUCCUUCCUUUGGGCUGGCAUCAUUAUUAAUUAAACCUCCAUACUUGGAAGCAGAGCA